CAAGGGAGGAAUCUUGCGAGACCAAGGAGUUACCAAACGACGAAACGACUUCGAGGAUCUCCGGGAUGACAGAGUUCCAAAUUCGAAGGAGCAGCUUUAUACUGGUGACCAGCAAACAUGGAGUGGUCGUAAGAUCAUAAGAUAUCUUAUUGCGCGAGGUCGGUCGUGUGAUUGAUUACAAGCGGUGAACAUACCGUCCUUCACCGUGAUGUGACACAAACACCUUCACCUCGGCCUAAGGUCAUACUUCAGCUCGCCAGGAAGUGCGCAUUUCCGGUUGAGCGUGAUCUACAUGGCCCCUCUUCCCAAGCACUGUGGACGCCCUCCGAAGCCGUGGAAUAGAAUCUACGUCGCCGACGUUCUGGAUGCCAUUGAUCCUCUGAUUUGCAUCCGUUGUCUAGGCCACAAAGACCAACCCGGCGUGAACACGAUCUGUUCCGCCUGCCAGGCCUUCUUCGACUUGGACAGAAACUCAGCGGAGCGCUUCCUCUUCUUCACUUGCCUCCGCAUCUUCGACUUCUCCCUCUGGGUCCGCCGAAAGAUCCUUUCCGACGUCUUCGUACUCAAGGACGAUGAGAACGGAACGUUGGUCGAGCACCACAUGGGUGCGCCAGGUGACAAGCAGGACCUGCCGUCUUUGCGAGCUGUUCGAAGACCGGAUCAAGAGGAUGGUGAAGAUGGGGAGAUUGUCUUGCUGUCGUCGAUGGGGACGGAGUUGCUAGAAGAAGCUCUUCUCACUAGCCGACAGUGCGAUGUUGUGCUGGUGUUGCUUGUCGACAUUAUGAAAAGCGAGCUGCUGCAAGGUGAGUGUUGCCUGCAUUCUGAGCUGAUGGCGCCUGACUCCGUCUGUUAGCCGACAGCCCGGUCCUCAAGAUAGACGAGAUCCUCUUCAGCGCCAACCACAAGCACACAAGCACACACUGGUGCUACCGCGUCCAUUUCAAGGGCGGCCGCCAGUUUGC